AUGAUGAAUGCGGGUGGUUUAAUACAUCAACAACCAAGUACCGUGCCUAUGGCUAGUGCUACGACAACUACCAACACGGGUUGUGUUCCGGUACAAUUUUUUAAUGGUUUUUUGGAUAAUACCGAUGGUGGAUUAAUUCAUCAUCAACAACAGCAAGUACCAUUGCAACAAAUAUUACGCACACAAAUGCCAGGAAAUAUUGCAAAUGUUCCAGCUAUCAUACAACAGCAGCAGCAGCAGCAACAACAACAACAACAAAUAUUUAUGCGGCAACAAGUACAUCCGCAACAUGGCAUUUCGACGAUGCAGCAUUAUUCAGACAGUGUAGCGGCUGCGGCCGGAAUGAGACAAAUAAUACCUGGUGUUGUGCCAUUUUCACCCAAUUUUUAUGAGUAUCAACCGGUUCAAACUAUGCAAAAUAUGCAUUCACCGAUGAUAGAUAAAACAUUGGUGCGAGAUGUAUCGCAGCAGCAUAAUGAUUAUUCGGGAAAUUCGAUACCAUCUUCAUCACAUCAUGCUACUACAUCUGCUACUGAUCCAUGUGCCCAAAUUGCCCACGUCCUACAAUGUUAUCAGCAGGGUGGUGAAGAUGCUGAAUUUGUCCGAAAAGCAAUCGAAAGUUUGGUAAAGAAAUUAAAAGAUAAGCGAAAUGAAUUGGAAAAUUUAAUUACUGCUGUAACGUCAGCUGGGAAACAGCCAACAUCCUGUGUUACCAUCCAGAGAUCUUUGGAUGGACGACUGCAAGUUGCAGGCCGAAAAGGUGUGCCACAUGUAGUUUAUGCUCGAAUUUGGCGUUGGCCAAAUGUUAACAAGAAUGAGCUGCAAAAAUUACCGAUUUGUGUAGUAGCACCUGAUAACCAGGACGUAAUAUGCAUUAACCCAUAUCAUUAUGAACGGGUUGUGUCGUCAAGCAUUGGAAACAUUGAUAUGUCAACUCUUCGUUUGGAUGCUUUAACUACACCGUCAUCAUCAUCACAAGUCGCAGUGGUAAACCCGCUCUCCAGUAAUGUUGUACCAGGACAAAUGACCCAAGCACAAAUUGCUGCACAACCGUUACCCAUUGAAAGUUCAUAUUGUGAUGUUACAUCACCCGGAUCAUUAAGCAUGUUGCAAGGUGGCACUAGUGAUGGCGCCAAUGCUGACGAACAGCAUGCUUGGCUGAAUCAGAAUUGUGUUUUAUCAGCAACAAAUUCAUCCGCUGCACAUUUCUAUCAACACCAUUCUCAUGCUAACUAUCAACAAAUCAACGAUUCAUGUAAUUACCCAACCGGCCGUUGUAGAUAUAAUUUGGAUUCAGUACGCUUACCUACCACACCAAUACCUGAUCAUUGGUGUUCCAUAUCAUAUUAUGAAUUAGACACGCAAAUUGGUGAAACAUUUCGAGUUCGGAAAGAUCGAACAGAGGUAGUAAUUGAUGGUGGUGUCAAUCCAGCAGGAGCUAAACAUGGUCGGCUACACAUUGGAAAGGGAGUACGUAUUUCAACACAGCGUGAUGGUAGCGUAUAUCUGGAAUGCUUGUCACAUAAAUCUGUUUUCGUUCGAAGUUAUUACUUGGAUUUUGAAAACGAUAUUGAAUAUGGUACCACUGUCCACAAAUUUUGUUCCGGUUCACCGAGCAAAAAAAUCUUUGAUUUACGUUGGGCUUUUGCGGAAAUGGAGCAUCAGAGUAAAUCUGCUCGAUUGGCUGUUGUAGCACAAGCUGCAGCAGUUGCUGGCUAUCUUCCUCCAGCUAAUAUAGCAUCGUCACUAAUUGAACAUGUUGGAACAGGCGUUGAUGAUUUGAGACGAGUAUGUUGCAUAAUAGCAAUAUCAUUUGUGAAAGGUUGGGGCGUUGGUUACAAUCGUACUUCAAUUAAGGAAACACCAUGUUGGGUUGAGCUACAACUUCAUCGACCGCUACAGCUUUUGGAUCAAUUACUUAAAAAGAACGAAUAUUGA